AUGGCGGAAACCGCCAAUGGCCGGGAAACAGGAGCAGAGGAAGCCCUGGUUGCGCUGAAAGGCAAAGAUGUGGAGGAGCUCAAAGCAAUGGCCCAACGACUGGAACGCGGCCAGCAGUCGCUGCAGGAGAUGCUGCAGGAGCUGGAAGCUGAGAGGGAAGAGCUCCACAAGGAGAAGGCGCAGCUCAACGAUACCAUCACGCUCUUCAUGAAGGACCUCCAAAAAUUGCACAUCGGGGCGCAGAACACAGUCGAACCAGUCCUGGAAGAAGGUCCGUUGGACUUCGUCGGCCGCUUCUGGGAGACUGUCAAGCCAAGGGACAGCGCGUACUUGGCAGGGGAGAACAUCGGCGAGAUCAGGAAACCUGGAGAGAAGGCGGAGAAACCUCCCAAUGCGCCGCUCGCGGCAUUGCAGCAAGUGCAGCAGGAGCUGCCGCAGCAGAUGCAGGAAGCUGCCAAAGAGGUGCAAGAAGCGGGCAAGCAGGCUGUGCGCAAGCUGUCCACAGCUUUCGAGGAGGCGCGGUCCAGUGCUUGGUGGCAGCGAGCGCAGGGUUACCUCGAUGAGAAGCGGACGGAGAUCGCGAAAAAGGUCUCAGAGGUUCAGGCAAACGCCCAGGCUGCCGCCCAGGCCUCUGCCAUGCCACCACGACGGCCGAGGCGACAACCGGCCGAGCCGAAAAGCGCAGCUGCCCCGGCGGAGGUAGAGCCGACUCAGAAUGGCCCAAACCCGGAUGAGGAG